AUGAGAGAAAACGAGGAUGCUACUACCGGAGCAAAGAACUCUUUCGAGAAUUUGGUACAUAUUGCUAGCAAUAUGUCACAGGAAUUUCAAAGAUUGAAACAAGAUGAGUCAAGACAUUCAAACCAGGGCCAAGUAUUUGAUCAUCAAUCACAAUCCCCCACUCCAUCAAUAAACUCUACAGGGCAUCUAAAAGAUCCAGGCUCGAACACACCUUCUAAUGUGGCCACCUCACCCACAAAUCAACUGCAGUCCCACACAGAGAAGCAAGGAAAAGUUAAAAGAAUGGCAUGCGUUGAAUGCCGACAACAAAAAUCGAGGUGUGAUGCCCAUGAAAGACACCCCGAGCCUUGCACUAGAUGUGCCAAGAAACAUUUGAAAUGUGACUUGAAAUCAGACUACAAAAGAACAUACAAAAGAGCGAGAAUAGCUCAAAUUGAGAAGGAGUUUAUGGAGUUAAAAAAGACGUUGAAUACCGCCCAAGCUGCCGAGCUUCUUUCACGAUUUCCAUCAUUAGCAAACGGUGAAAAUAAGGAAAGCAACAGGGAAUUCAAUUCAGAAGAGAGGAAUAAUUUCGAGGCAUCGCAUCCGAGUGUCAGAGAUGGAACCGGCCACGUUUCCCAAGUGCAAAAUCAACCAACCGAAACUAUACCUCCUGCUUACCCGCAAAGUACAAACGUACGUAAUGUGGCCAUCGUUAACGAGCCACAGGCUUGUCAGAAUACGCAAACCGAUACCGCUGAGUCACGUUUCGACAAUGGUAAUUUGACCUAUGAUGCCAAACUUUCCAACAACAAUAUCCUAAGGAUACCCCAAGACCUAAGGCUUUCAGAAGAGGUGUUGCAUUGUGAGGACAAGUCAGUUGAGUCUAUAACCUUAACUUCAAGUACAAUUAAAGAACUUUUCAUGGAAUAUGUUUUGCGAUACCAUCCAAUUUUCCCUGUCGUUGAUGUCACCAAAGGGCCCGAAAGGAUAUACAGACUUUGCCCACCUUUGUUCUGGGUAAUCAUCUUCGUUUCUUUAAGAAGGUUCAAAGAAGGGUUUUCCAAGACUUUGUUGAUCCAAUUGUCACCUAUAGUCAAAGGCAUUCUUGCCGAAAUUAUGAUUUCACCAAUCACGAGAUACAAUCCUACGGAGGAGGACGAGCCUAUUUACAACGUCAGUUCGGUGUACUCAGUUCAAGCGUUUUUGUUGUAUUCAUAUUGGCCCCCAAUCACGUCUUCACUUAGCGCAGAUUCAUCUUAUAGUACCGUCAGCACAGGAUUUUUUCAAGCAAUACGAAUUGGGUUACAUGCUCCGUCAUCGUUUACUAGUGGGAAAAAUUUAGAUUCCCAGCCAGCAAACAAAAUUGCACAACAGCAAAACAUGUUACAAGAACAGGUCAAGACUUGGAUAGCGACAAAUGCAGCAUCUCAAUUCAUUGCCACUGCUUUUGGGUACCCAGCGUGUGUCCAGUUUGACUCAUCCAUCUGGUAUUACAGUAGACCAGGUAGUGACGUUCAAAUUCCAGAAGACAUCAAGUCCAUGUUGUUAAUUGCGCAAUUCGAAGAUCAAAUGGCUAGGUCUCUCAAUUCUAAUCCAACGGAUCCUUGUGGACUAAGUGAUGCUAACGAGAGGGUCUCCUUGUUGAAGCUACUUGAGAAGAGAGUUGAUGAGUUGGAAGUCAUAAUUUCUCAUACAACACUGCAUGAUGCAUUCAAAUUCAGAAUGUUUGAAAUUUUGGCUUCCAAAGUACAUCUUUUUAGCUACUACUUUAUGGAUUCUUCCAAAAUUUCUGAAUUUGAACUAAAGACGGGUUUGAUUAAACUUUAUAAUGCGGCAACUAGAUUGGUAUCAUUCACUCAAAAUUGCCAAGUCGAAGACAAGAAGUUCAUCAAGUAUCUUCCCGGGGUGUACUUACUCAAUCUUUGGCAAGCUGCGUGUAUUAUUGGGAAGUUGGUUCAUUCCAGCUUGAAGAAUGUGAUUGAUGUGACUGUAGGGAAACAGAGUUACGAAGCAGUUGUUGGUUUGACUGCCAGGGCGUCCAUACUUAAACAUGACAUGGCCUUCCGAUCAAGUGGUAUUACAAGAAAUAUGUGGCUGCUUUUCCGACAAUUGGAUAACCAAAACUUGAACAGUUUAAGUAUAAACAUCAGGAAUAGAAUGGCGGCAUCAGUGUUUUUUGAUUGUUUGAAUUUGAUUAGAGAAAAGGCAGGAAUGACAAAUUUGAGAGUGAAAACCGAUGAUCGAAAUCCAGUCCAAGGAACAAAUAUAGAAGAGGGACCAGAGGAAAAUUUGCACGCAGAAGAGGAUCUGGAUACAGAAGCGCGUAGUAAUUCUACCCACAAAGACAAACGGUCUUUAUCCAAUGAAGAAGAUGCUGAACAAAAAGCAAGAAAGAUAAUCAGAACAAUACCUUUAGACCCUGAACCAAUUUCAGCUGGUGCAACAAAAAGAAGCUCCAUCUUUAAAGUUGUAAACUCUUCAGCCGAGUCCACACCAGUGAUGAAAGCUGACCACAAUACCCCAGAUGCAAAUAGGCACCAUCAAGGUCCACCUUUCCAACCGGACGCUCAUUUAGUACAUGGAUCUCAAAAUAGAAUCCUGAGAAAUCAAGACCAUGUAGCAACUACUCCAUCAUUUACACAGCCUGUCCACUUUACGAACCAACAAGGAGAUCAGUUACAUAACCUAAAUGACGAAUAUCAACCAUUUACUUCGAACACAUCUUACCAACAACCACAAUCAACCUCCACUUACAAUGACUCUCCAUUACAACUGGGUUUAGAAAGUUUAGAUUUAGAUAGGUUUGAUAGUGAUAUGUUGUGGAGAGAUGUGGACAGCGUCAUGAAUGAUUUCGGAUUUCAUAUGGGUUGA